UACACAUCACUCCAGGCCGCUCCUGCAGGGCUGAGGGAGCUGUUCAGAGCUGUCCAUGCACUGCCAGGGCCCCGUCCUUUACAGCCUAGUCCCUGAAGGCAGGGAAAGGAGGGGUCGGUGCCAUGGGGAGCCCCAGCACCGGGCAGGGCUGGGAACAGGCGGGUACGGGCACCUCGCUGUGGAUCUGCGGUAAAACCGGGCAGCUCCGCCGCGCCCCGCCGCCAUUGCCGGCACCGCCGCUCUGGGCGGGCCCCGCCGCCGCCGCCCUUAUAUAGGGCAGGAGUCUGUGGGCGUGGCCUCAUCCCACACGUGGCUCCGCCCUUCACCUCCCAUUGGUCUGUCCCUGCGGACGGCGCGUGCGCAGUGCGUCUCGGAGCGCGCGGGGGCAAUGUGGCCCCGCCCCUCACCUCCCAUUGGUCCGGGCACGCGGGCGUGGUCUCAUUUCGCAUGUAGCCCCGCCCCUCAUCUCCCAUUGGUCCGUCUCCGCGCGCGGCGCGUGCGCACCGGGUGUUGAGGGCGGGGCCGGCGCGAGCGGGAAAACGGGCCCGGGAAAAAACCGGAAGCGGAACCGGGAGAAACCGGAAUCGGGAGAAAGCGGAACCGGGAGAAAGCGGAAGCGGGAGCGGGGCCCGGCAGCCCCGGGAUGCGGCGGCGGCGCGGCGGCGGCGCGGCCCCGGCCGAGGCCUGCGGGGUGUGGCUGGACACGGCGGAGCUGAAGCGGGGCCCGGCGCGGCCGCUCGGAGCGCCCGGCCCGGCCCCGGGGAGGCGGCACCCACAGACACACGGACAGACACACGGACAGAGAACCAUCCUCAGCUUCCUCAGCCCCCGGCCAGGCCAAAGGGACAAAGAGAACCGCAGCCCCCCGAGGAUCCCGGCCCUGCCGGGGCCCGAGGGAGCCCGGGAGGAGCCCCCGGGGCUGCGGGGCACAGCGCAGGCCUGGCCAGCACCCCGGGGUGCCCCGCAGCUGCAGGAGGAGCCGCGGGGGCCGGGCAGAGCCUGCCCUGGCGCUGGGGAGGGCUCCUGUGGGGAGUGA